CACACUCUGGACGCCUGGCAUGGGUCCAAAAACUUGAGCAAAAAAAUUCAUGCAGCAGGGCAGCAAAAGGGGUGUGCCAUUCUCCAGAUGUGGAAUUAAGACAUCUGCAAUCACUUCUGGUACUGCUGUAAGACGGCAGAUACCUAUGAAGAGUUUAUUGACAUGUGGGUGGGAGUCCUGCACCAUGUCACAGGAGAACACACAUGGGCUCUUGGUGAGUGUAAACAUGGCCCCUUGCUGGACGACAGAGAUAAACAAUUGAUUGAGAGUGGUUCAGUGGCACAUGAGAGGCUGGCUGAAAUUAUUCUCGAUGAACGCUGGCUGAAGGUCGUCCCCAAGUAUCUGAAUUUCAGGUCAACUGCAGAUUUGGAGUCGUUUCACAACCACAUACUGAUGUAUGCCAGCAAGCGCUUCAGCUUUUCCCCACCAGUUUAUGCUGCUCGUACCAUGCUGGCUGGCCUCGAUUACAACCAUCAUCUCCAUAGACCAGCCAGGAGAAAAGCUGAUGGCACAAUUCAGUAUGGCAAGGUGUACAACAAAAAGUCCAGGAAGUGGAGGUUAUACUCAUUGAAGGUGGAGAAGGACUACAGCUACAUCUCUGACCUACAGCGUGCCAUCUUCCUUCGACGGAUAUCAGCUAAUAAGGGGAUGCCUAGAAGCAGAACCAGGAGACCUGAUGAUCCCCGUCAACAUGGCGUACUGUCUGGUGCACCUGCUCCAUCAACACAGGAGCUAUUGCAAAUUCAAGUCAGCAGAGGGUUAGGUCAAUCGCUGCCGAAACAAUGAAUAAUCUCCAGAGGACCAUAGCUGAUGUGAUGCUACGUCCCAAGUCUGACCCAUCUACCAGUCAAGAUACCUCUGGAAACCCAAUGUCUUAUAUGUGUUAUUGUUGAUUGUGCUAAUGUUUUUUAUAUUUGUGAUUAUAGUUUCUAGCUUUAGUAAUACAGAAAUAAAUA